UCGUAGUUAUGUGCAUGUGUUCAAAUAAGUCUUGUUUGGUUCGUUUGUGUAAGUGGAGAAAGUUUCGUUGGUGAAAGUUUGAGCAAGUCUUGUGCUUUUUGAGUGAGCAUGAUUUGUUUCAUAUUUUAGCCUUUUUUUCAUUGAAAGCUGUUUCAUCAGCAUCCCCUGCAUGACACUGUGAUUUUGUCAAAGUAAUUAAGGAUAUGGCAUGUACUGCGCCUGGCAUCUUGCAUUUUCAUGAGGAAUAGCUUGUGGCUGUUCACUCAUGAAGUGGUUUAAGAGAUGCCGAUGAACGUUGUUUCAGAGUAAAAUCAGUGAACUACUACUUGCGUUGUAGUUCUGGGAGUGAAGAGAAGAGGAAAGUCGGGUAGGGUUAUAAAGCAUAGACGUGAAGAUCCAGGGAAAGAUAAACUCUCACUGUCCCUGAUGAAUGGCACUCACAUCAUCAACGUGUGAAAUGAAAAAGGAGACAUUGGAUAUGCACAACAAUUUUUUUUGGUAUAGUUGUUUUUGUAGAACAAGUAGAGAUAUAUAAUUGAUGUGAUGGAGAUAUGGAAAAAAAAGAAGAUUGUGGAGAUUGUUAAAAAAAGUGUAAUAGGAAUAGCACGAAAAAAAGCAUACCUGUUGGACAGAACAUGAUCUUAGUAAUAUUUUUCCUCAAACUAGUUAAACUGGGUGAGGUAUGGCAGUUUUUUCAAAUCUCACAUUCUGGGGUGUCCUACCAUUGUAUGCAUGGAUCCGGAGCUGAACAGAUUCAUACUGAUGAAUGAAGCAAAAGGGCUUGUUCCUGGGUACCCACAAUCCAUGUUAGAUAUCUUAGGCACACGCAAUAUUGCAGCUGUUCAUGGCUCCACUCACAAGUACAUGAGAGGGGCACUGCUCUCAAUUAUUAGCCCCACCUUGAUCAGGGAUCAGCUUUUACCAAAAAUUGAUGAGUUCAUGAGAACCCACUUGAUUGAUUGGGAUAACAAAGUCAUAAACAUCCAGGAGAAAACUAAAGAGAUGGCUUUUCUCUCUUCCCUGAAGCAGAUUGCUGGUAUGGAAUCCAGCUCAAUAGCUCAACCCUUCAUGACAGAGUUCUUCAAACUAGUUUUGGGAACACUCUCUUUGCCUAUUAACCUUCCUGGCACAAAUUAUCGCGGUGGAUUGCAGGCAAGGAAAAGUAUUAUCAGCAUUCUGAGUCAGUUGCUGAAGGAAAGGAUAGCAUCCCAAGAAUCCCACGUGGACAUGCUGGGUUGCUUGAUGAAUAGAGAUGAAAACCGAUACAAACUAACUGAUGAGGAAAUCAUUGAUUUAGUUAUUACUAUUAUGUAUUCUGGUUACGAAACUGUUUCAACCACAUCGAUGAUGGCAGUGAAGUAUCUCCAUGACCAUCCCAAAGUUCUUGAAGAAAUCAGAAAAGAGCAUUUUGCCAUAAGGGAAAGGAAAAAGCCAGAGGAUCCAAUUGACUGUAAUGAUCUCAAGUCAAUGAGGUUUACUCGUGCGGUGAUUUUCGAGACCUCGAGAUUAGCAACAAUAGUUAACGGGGUUCUAAGAAAAACAACUCACGACAUGGAGCUAAACGGGUAUCUGAUUCCUAAAGGGUGGAGGAUAUAUGUAUAUACAAGAGAGAUCAACUAUGAUCCAUUUCUGUAUCAUGAUCCACUGACCUUCAAUCCAUGGAGAUGGCUGGGUAACAGUCUGGAGUCACAAAGCCACUUCUUGAUUUUUGGAGGGGGCACCAGACAAUGUCCAGGGAAGGAGUUAGGGAUAGCAGAAAUUUCCACUUUCUUGCACUACUUUGUAACAAGAUACAGGUGGGAAGAAGUAGGAGGAGAUAAACUAAUGAAGUUUCCUAGAGUUGUCGCACCAAAUGGACUGCACAUAAGGGUCUCAUCUUUUACUAGCUAGGCUUUGCGCAUGUACAGUACUGAGAUAUAGGAAAUAGUAGGCUCCAAGGGUUCCUUUGUAUGAUAAUAUGCUCUAACAAGUAGAGAAAUCAAUCAAAAUUAGCUUCUUUUUCCA